AUGAUGCAACCAGAGGAGUUCACCGUGGGCCACACCAUGGUUAACAGUCUGCCUACAGUCACCUCCCUCCUGCUGCUUCUGCUACUCCUGGUUCUGUUGAUCACCGCCUGGAGCCGAACACAUCGGUCUCACACACCAGGUCCUUCCUUCUUGGCAGGACUUGGUCCGAUUCUCUCCUACAGCAGGUUCAUUUGGACCGGGAUUGGAACAGCGUGCAACUACUACAACCACAAAUAUGGCAGCACUGUGCGGGUAUGGAUUAACGGGGAGGAGACCCUCAUUUUGAGCAAGUCGUCAGCGGUGUACCACGUGUUGAGGAGCGCUCACUACACCUCCAGAUUCGGAAGCAAAAGAGGCCUCGAGUGUAUUGGGAUGGAGGGGAGGGGAAUAAUUUUCAACAGUGACAUCCCACUCUGGAAAAAAGUGAGGGCAUCCUUUUCCAAAGCUCUGAGCGGCCCCGGCCUUCAGAGGACAGUGGGGAUCUGUGUGAGCUCCACAGCUAAACACCUGGACAACCUGCAGAGCAUGACCGAUCCCUCUGGACACGUGGACGCCCUGAGUCUCCUGAGAGCCAUAGUGGUGGACGUCUCCAACAGGCUGUUCCUCAGGGUGCCCCUCAAUGAGAAAGACCUGCUGAUGAAAAUCCACAACUACUUUGAGACCUGGCAGACGGUUCUGAUAAAGCCCGAUAUUUUCUUCAAGAUUGGAUGGUUGUACAACAAACACAAGAGAGCAGCCCAGGAGCUGCAGGACGAGAUGGAGAGCCUGCUUGAAAUAAAAAGAAAGAUGAUUAACGAUGCCGAGAAGCUCGACGAUGACGAUCGGGACUUCGCCACGGAGCUCAUCUUUGCUCACAACCACGGGGAGCUCUCAGCAGACAACGUCAGGCAGUGCGUGCUGGAGAUGGUGAUCGCCGCUCCGGACACGCUGUCCAUCAGCCUCUUCUUCAUGCUGAUGCUGCUCAAACAGAACCCUGACGUGGAGCUGCAGAUAGUGGAGGAGAUGAACGCCGCCUUGAGUGAGAAAGCUGUAGAGGACAUUGAUUACCAAGAACUAAAAGUGAUGGAGAGUUUCAUCUGUGAGUGUCUGAGGUUUCACCCUGUGGUUGACUUCACGAUGCGGAAAGCUCUGGAGGACGACAACAUCGACGGCACAAACAUCAGGAAAGGAACCAACAUCAUUCUCAACAUUGGCCUUAUGCACAAGACCGAGUUCUUCCCUAAACCCAGAGAGUUCAGCCUGACAAACUUCGACAGCCACGUGCCCAGUCGCUUCUUCCAGCCCUUUGGCUGCGGGCCUCGUUCCUGUGUUGGCAAACAUAUCGCCAUGGUGAUGAUGAAGGCCAUCUUGAUCGCUCUGUUGUCUCGCUACACGGUGUGUCCCCGCCAAGGCUGCACGCUGGACAGCAUCAGGCAGACCAACAACCUGUCGCAGCAGCCCGUGGAAGACGAGCACAGCCUCACCAUGCGCUUCAUCCCUCGUGCGCAGGAACAAAGCUCAAGCUGCUCUGAAACAUGAGAAUCAUUUUACCA